UAAUUUAUGUUUAAGACGAUAUAAACGUAUAGAACGGGUUGUUUUCUGAACGUCUGGGAAAAGUCAAGUACGACUUUUACUACGAUCUUUUGUUUCUUUCCUUCAUUACAUAUUCGAGAUAGGAACUAUAAUGAUUUAAUAAAUGCAACCAUUGUAGACAUCCCAGAGUAAAUUAACCUAAGUUGCGUUUAAUCAAAACAAUUAUUUCAAAUAUUUCAAUGUGUUGUAUUCCUGUACAUUGUGACUGCGUUUCAAUAUUAGCUGCGAGUUGCUACGAGUAUGUUGUAUCUGUGUCAAACACAAUGGACGAUCAAAGAUAUAUGGUAUGCGAGUUUCCAAAUGAAGAAGAUAGUAUAUCUAUUGGAUAUUUGGAAUAUCUGGAAGAUGAAUUUACAAUCACUGAAUUAAAUGACAUAAUUAAACGCGGAACGAUAGUGAAAAUUCGAUGGCCAAAAGGCUGUGAUGUAGGCCCAGCAACAAUGAAAAAAAAUUGAUCAAUUGAUGGAUCAAAAUGCGCGAAAUCAGAGAUAAUUUGGAAAAGUAUGGUAUCACUGAACUUGAUAAAUGUGAUAGGAAACAGUUCACAAGAAAAUAAACAGAGAGUGACAGUGACGAAUCGGAAGUAAAAGGAACAAAAAAGGGUGCGCUAUCAAAUAAAAAGAAAUGUACUUUAAACAUGAAAAAGGGGAAAGAAAUUUUAAAACAGUACAAACACAACAAACAGAAAUAUUCGUCACAGAGUAAAUCUGUGGACAGCGAUAACGAAUGUGAUGGAGAAAACGAAAGAUCUCCCGUUCAUAAGCAAUCAAAAUCACAAUUAGCAGAUACAAUUACUGUAUUAAAUGAAGAAAAUAAGAGGUUGCGAAGAGACAACGAAAGACUGCGCAGGUUACGAUCUGUCAACGAAGAUUUGUCAAAGAUAGAUAAAAUGAUGAAAGAUCUCACGGUCAAUUUGCAAUCUGCAUCAUGGAAAACCGAGUCUUUCAAUCAUCAGCUAGAUCAACUACAACAGAAAGUACAAGCAAUAAGGAACUGCAUCAUUGAACCCGAUGCAUCGCCUGUAUCGAUAGUACAAAAUAAGGAGUUAGAUCUACCAAGCGAUAAGUUGAAAUCGUUUCAAAGAUCAGUUACAGAGUUUCGUAAACCAGCACCAUCACGUGAGUCGAUACCUUUGAUAUCCGAGCAUAAUCUGGUAGUACUACCAAAUUACAACCUAGAAUCAUCACCGAAAGACUUCCCUGAUAGUCCAGACGUCGCGAUAAAAACAGUCAACACACAUGAAUUAGAACAUGUACAAGAAUCGAAUCAUGCAGCUGAUAAAGUGAAGUCCUCGGAUGAUCAUCAAUCAAUCGUAGUACAUAAGGAAAAGACAAUCGACCUUGGAGGACCAGACUCUUGUGUAGUGAACGCCACUCGUCUUUCCUUGUGCAAUCACACAUCUGCCUCUAAGUUGAUAUGCGAAAUGAUGUCUUUGCUAUUUUCAAAAGAAGAGUUAGCUACCUCCUCGCUUACAGGAACUGUGGCAAAUUUUCAUCGCGAAAAAGCAUACGUUAAGAACAAAUUUCCAAUAGAAAAAGAUUUCGACAAGAUGUUCCGCAAAGCAGUGCAGCAGAAGUGCAAUAAUGCAGUUCCUCGAAAUAGAGGAUCAAAUAAUAAAGGAGAAACCAACAAGUAAAGUUAAAGGAACCAGCAUAUAUAAAGGCGAAAAACCCAAAGAACGCAGAUUAAGCGUCGUAAAUAAGUCGAAUAACGGUUAGUUUCCAGUGUUUUUAAUAAUCGGGACCAAUACAACUAGUCAGAUUA